UGUCCGGGGAGUGGGCGGGGGGCGAGUCCCCAGCCCCGGCGGGCGCGGCACGGGCACAGGAAGGGGCCGGGGCCGCCGGGAGCGGUGGGGGCCGGGAGGAAGGAGGCGGGAGUUGGGGAGAACAAAGAGCCGAGAGCGCCGGGGCCCGCCGGGGGCAGCUCCUGGGAGCCCGGGCGCUGCCGCUUCCCCAGCGGGCUCGGGGCGGGGGGCCCGGCCGGGGGCGCCUCCUCCGGCGAGAGACCCCCGGGCGCUGCUGCUGGCGGCGGCUGCUGAGCGGAGGCUCCAGGCUGCAGAAUGACGCCCACGUCUCGCUCCAGCUCAUCCCGUCCUCCCACGGGACAGGGGAGAGAAAUGGCUGCUGUGGAGCCAGCUCAGGGGCCGGUGACCUUCGAGGAGGUGGCUGUGUAUUUCACCAGGGAAGAGUGGGCUCUGCUGGACCCCGCUCAGAGAGCCCUCUACAGAGACGUCAUGCAGGAGAACUAUGAGAAUGUGACCUCACUGGGGUUUUCAGUUUCCAAACCCUGUGUGAUCUCCCAGCGGGAAGGAGGGGAAGAGCCACGGGUCCUGGAUCUCCAUGGUUCAGAGGAAAACGAGAUCCUGAGAAGUCCUUGCACAGCAGGUGAUGGGGUGAUGAGUGAGAAUGAAGAGCAGAAUCCCCACCAGGAAGAUGCUGAGCUAGUAGAAGUGCAUGGGGCAUUACUGCAAAGAUCCAAAGGGAAUGUGUCCAGCCCCCAUGAGCCAGGAACAGCUGGUGAAAGUUACCACAGACCAGAGAGAGAGCAGGGAAACCAGUCAGAGAAGAAAGUGGAUAAACCCAUUAAUUGUCAGGAAACUCACAAGGACCUCAAGGAAACUACAUCUCCGGCGAAGAUCCUCAGGGAAAAGAGAGAGAAUACAUGCAGCGAGUGUGGGAAAAACUUCAAUUACCGCUCUGCCCUUAUUCGACAUGAGAUAAUCCACACAAAAGAGAAACCCUAUGAAUGCUGUGAGUGUGAGAAAAGCUUCAAUCAUACCUCAGCCCUUAUUCGACAUCAGCGAAUACACAGAGGAGACAGACCCUAUGAAUGCUGUGAGUGCGGGAAAAGCUUCACUCAGAGCUCAGACCUUUCUACCCAUCAGCGAAUCCAUACGGGGGAGAGACCCUAUGAAUGUGGUGAGUGCGGGAAAAGCUUCAAUCAUAGCUCAGCCCUUAUCUCUCAUCAGAGAAUCCACACAGGAGAGCGACCCUACGAAUGCUGUGAGUGCGGGAAAAGCUUCACUCAGAGAUCAGCCCUUAUCUCUCAUCAGAGAAUCCACACGGGAGAGCGACCCUACGAAUGCUGCGAGUGCGGGAAAAGCUUCACUCGAAGCUCAAACCUUACUACGCAUCAGAGGAUCCACACAGGAGAGAGACCCUAUGAAUGCAGUGAUUGCGGGAAAAGUUUCACUGACAUCUCCUCCCUUAUCUCUCAUCAGAGAGUCCACACUGGAGAGAAACCCUAUGAAUGCUGCGAGUGCGGGAAAAGCUUCUCUCAGAGCUCAACCCUUAUUACACAUCACAGAAUCCACACAGGAGAGCGACCCUAUGAAUGCUGUGAGUGUGGAAAAAGCUUCACUCAGAGCUCAGGCCUUCUCUAUCACCAGAGAAUCCGUAAAGGAGAUAAACUCCAUAAAAACCUUUUCUAGAGCUGUCAGAAGAUUUUUUUUCUUUAGUACUUUUGACAGUUCCCAGGUAGUGACCAUUAAGGCUGUUUGCAUCUUUUGCACACUGUAGUCCCUCAGCUCUCAAACGUGAAUUGCCUACGUUUGAAGCCUGCCCAUCUUUGGGGUGGAUCCUGUGGUCCUUUCUAUCAACUCCAUUGUCCUGCGAGUCAUGGGAGUGUGUGUCCUUUCUACCAGGAAUGUCCAUUAUCCGAGAUAAGGGGUGUCUUCAACCAGCUACGUCGAGGUAAAAUCUAACUGGGCCUCAUCACUGUGGUUUCCAUGGAGUUAGCUAGCUUGAGUUUGCUUUCCUGAUGAAAAAGACAGCUAUUCUUGCAGUAAAGACAUGGGCCAUGGAUAGGGGGUUGGGUUAUCUAGCACAUUUCCUCCUGAUCUGACCUAACCACCAUCACAUUUCCACGUCUAAACAAACCUGGAGAUUCACAUUUAUACUCUUCCUUCCAGUGCAAAGUCAUCCAGUUCCUCUUUGAGGACAGAUUGCCUCAUUGCCAGUUGUUCUCACAUUACCCUGGAUCGAGCUGAAAAGCAGUUAUUUUGCUGAUUGUUUUUCUCACUUAAAAUAUAUUUAAAUAUAACAAAGAGCUGGAGCAGUGUCAGGGAAAUAAGUGUCAUUUCAGACUCUGUGACACUGGAAGGAGACGGGGUGACUCAGAUAUUCCCUCCUUCCCCAUCACCCCAGAACUGUUGCCUCAUGUCUGAGCCAUGCAGAGUUCACCCCUUCAUAUUCCUUCACUUCCCAAAGCAUCUGGUGAGGUCAUGUUCUUAGCUGUCUGUGCUUGUUAAUGGUGCUUGGACAUCUUUGAUCCUAAAUCAGAGUCAGUCUGGCAGGAGAUGAAAGUGUCACAGGCAUGGAAGGGGAUUUCAACUGGAUCCCAACCACACUUCAAAUCCCAUUUUCUGUCUAUUGGCAAAGCCACUUCUAGGCAGUUUGGCUGUUUUUUCCCCCCAUUCUGAAAAUUUUGUAAAUAACAUUAAUAAGACAGACUGAGUGAAGCAGGUUUCAAUGGAUCAUGGGGGAAUCUCUCAUCCUGAUUCUGAGACAUCAGAUGUAACCUACUCUGGAAUUUCCCUUCAAAUGAAAAUGAAAGUGUCUUCUACCUCCCUGUGAUAUGGGUUUUGUAUCUUUCAUGAAGGCUCCUUGGUCAUAUAACUGCAUGUUGGUUUUGUUUGACAGAAUGAGGCUCAGAUUUAUUAGUCAAUUUCAGACAAAUGACAAUCAUUUUUUACUUUAGGUUUGUUUUUUCCCUCAUCCCUGCAUGAUGACAUGGAGAAAAUUCAAAUGCAGUUCAGUCAACAAGAGAGAAUACUCCAAGCGAUUGGACAUACUAUCAAAGAAAUAGUCGUGUUUUUAAAUCUCCACUCUGAAAAGGUGAACA